ACAUUACUGACCAAAAAAUAAAAUAUUUUACUGAAUAGAUUUUCUAAAUAUAUUAAUUUAUGGAUAAUGAAUGUAAAUAAAGCAGGACUAUAUUUAAAGAAGCAACUAACCAAUAAUGAACAUAUAGUCACUUGAUUCUAAAUCAAUCCAGGAUUUUUCGCAAGGGAACUUCAGAUAAACCAUUUCCACAAAUUUUCAAUGACAACAAUCAAUUGAAAUCACUUGAUAGAAUUAUUUACAAGAAUUUUGAAAAUAUACGUCAGAAAUCUAAUUUAUUGAAGAUACGCUGUGAUAUGUUACAAACAUAUAUUCAUUUCUUAGAAGCACGUAAACGUUCUUUAGAACAUUCCAUCACUGAAUUAAAUCAACAUUAUGAAAGAAAUCAACAACAAUUACAAAACAAAAGCAAACAGAAUGAAUGUAAAAUAGAUUCACAACAAUUUGAAGAAAUAAUUACAAACCAAAGUAUUGCAUUAGUUAAAGAAAAGGAAAAAACUGCACAAUUUCGAUUAAAGUAUGAAUCAGUUGAAGCUGCACGUUUUGAAUUAAGUCAACAACUUCAAUUAAUUUCAUCUGAAUAUGAUGCAGAUAAGAGAUUUUAUCAAAAACAGAUUAAACAGUUAGAAGAAGAAAUUCAAGAACGUAUCAAUAAAGCGAAUGAAAUUAAAUAUAUUAAUGAACAAUUACAAAAUGAAAUACUAAAUUUUAAAAAUCAAAUAAAUUCCCUAAAAGAAGAAUUAAAACAAAAUGAAAAUGAAGUGAAUGUAAUUAGUCAAUGUUAUGAUCAAAAAAUAAAGGAAGAAAGUAAACAACAUGAAUUAGAAAUUGUGAAGUUACAAAGAGAAAUAACUGACCAAUCAGAUAGAACUUCGAAAGCAUCUACAAAAUAUGAAUAUGAAAUUGAUACAUUAAAUACUCAUUUAAGAAUAAGUCAAAAUAAAAUUCAUGAUUUAUUAUGUGAAAAAGAAUAUCUCUGUAAACAACUUCAGGAUAUUACACAUAAAUUAAAUAUUAGUAGCCAAGAAAAAGAAGAACUACAAAAGAAAAUGGACAGUGAGUUAUUGAGAACAAAACAAGAGAAGGAAAGUGAAUUCAUGGAAAUUCAAACAAAUUUAAAAGAUCAAAAGAAGAAACUAAAUGAAAUUCAACUAAAAUAUGAUACAGAUAUUGAAACAUUGAAGAAGAAUCAUGAAGUAGAAAUUGAAAAAUUAAAAAUUGAUUUAAAAGGUAAUGAAUCUUUGAACAAACAACUUAUGUGUCAUAUCAAUACAUUAGAAAAUUGUAUUUAUAAUUCAACACAACAGAAACAUUUUUGUGAUCGACAAAUACAAACUGAUAUCUGUUUAAAACCAAUGGGCUCAAAUGAAGAGAGUCAAAAAUCAAACGAUUUGAAAGAUGUUUCUAUUGAAUCUAAGUUGCCGUCGACUAUCUUCCCAAUUAUUAAUACAAAUAAUAGCAAUCCAAAUUUGAAAUAUUUAACGACUGUUAAUAAAUCUACAGAGACUAGUCCUGCACAAUUGGAUUCGAUUAUGAAUGAUAAAAAUGUACAAUUAUCAAAACAUAAAGAUUAUCAUCAACUUAUUGAUAAUUAUGAAAAUAAAUUAUCACAAUUACAUUUAUGUUUACAUCAAUUAUAUCAUGAUUAUGAUACAUUAAUUCAUUUAUUCAAUAAUACUAUUUAUGGACUAAUUAAAUUUGGUAAUCAAGAAUGUAAUCGUUUUAGUAAAUUAUUAAAUAUAUCUAAUCAAGAUAUUGAAAUUCCUUCAACAUUAUUACAUUCAAAAUUAUUUCAUCCAUUGAAAACAUUGAAUAAAAAUGGAAGAAUUUCAAAUUUAACUGAGAAUACUUUAAUUAUCAAGAGUUGGAUAAAUCCACUGAUAGAUGUAAUCGGUAAAUUAUCAGCAUAUUGUAUAAGAAUAUGUGAUUUAAUUGAAUCACAACAAGAUCAUUUAGAAUGGCAAUCAAAAAAUGUUAAUGAACUACGUGAUAUAACUAGAAAACAAAUUGAAAUACAAAAUAAGCAAUUAAUAAAAACACGUAAAGCUAAUUUGAAUCGUUUAAGAAGUUGUUUAAAACAAUAUAAUCCUUCACUAAAUGAAGUAAAUAGUAGUUUAUCAAAGGAUAAUUCUGAUUCAUAUUCUAUUAUAUACAAUAAUGGUAAUUCAGAUAAAAUUAUUUUACCUAACAAAGAUAUUGGAUCAAAAUUUAAUUACAAUAUGUCUACAUUAAAAAAUUCAAUAUAUCCACGUAAAUCAAUCGACUCGAAUAUAUACUUCAACGAUAGUAUAAAUAAACUUAUAGGAACACAACAACAAAGCUACUCUCCAGUAUCUAGAGUGAAAGGAUCAUAUGAUAAAUCUCCUCCACCACGUCUACUUCAUAAAAAUAUUACUAAUAUGUCUCCAUAUGAAAAUAUGAAAUGUUUCAAUAAUAGUGAAAAUUCUUUGAAUGAAGAUGGUCAGUUUUAUUCGCCCAAUCUUCUGUGAUGUCAAAUAGACUACUAUCAAUGAAAUAAUUUAUUCAGCAAUAAACCAAAUGAAAUGAAUGAAAAUGAGACGAAUUAUCUUUCAUCGAUUCGUAUAAACCUUCCAGAAUAAUUCUACACCCCUUAUUUUUUUUAUACAUACUUUCAUAUUUGAGCAAAUAUAUUAUUUAUUUCCCACCUAUUUAAUGUUCAAUCGUAGACACAAUUUGUUGAAUGUUACAUGCUUAUUUUACGAUAUGAAAAAGUUACUAAAUAUGUUCUUUUUUACGAAGAAAAGGGAACAACAGGCUAUGAGUACUGUCUUCUCUAUUAAUUUAUUUUUAGUUGAAUAGGAAGGUGAUUGACUUUCAGAUUCUCCUUACUUUGAAUAUUGUCAUUUCUAUUCAAGUAGUAAAUAGACUGUACUUAUCAUUUCUUUUCGAUUACAUAAUACUUUUCUGACAUUCAAUGAACUUCCAUAAUGAAAUAAAAAUGAUGACAUUGUAAUAAUUUAUGAUUGGUGAUGAAUGGAACAUUGUUUU